CGUUACUUAGUAACAGUAAACAGACGAGUACCUGAUUUGACGCAAGUGUGGGGGAAACAAGAACAUCACUUGAAACUCUUGAUAAAUAAGAUAAAAUGUCUUCGUUACAGUUCGCUGACCCUGCCCUGAAAAACUACAUCAUUCGCAAUUCUCUCCCCGAGAUAUAUGAGUCAUUGCUAACUGGAUUAUGUUAUAUGUGCCCUGCUGAUCCGUUAAAAUUCUUGGAAGAAAAAAUUAAAGAAAUGCUGGAAAAGGGCCAUCUUGGAAUUGCUUCGGACACGUUUAUUGAUGAAACACAUAAAGUCCAAUUGCCAGUGACAAAGAGAACAGGAAUGCAUUUACAGCAGCUCUUUGGAUUUGAGGAAGACCUGAUGGUGUCAUCUCACUUGUAUGAGGCAGCAUUCUCUUUUUACCAAAGCAGUCUAAUGAGAAUGUGCUUUGAUGCUUGGGUAAAGUUCAUUUCAAUGAAACGAGAACAGGAAAUCGAACUGACUGAAAAGAUGAACAUGGCAGAGCAGCAUUUUGCCAGAACGUUGUUAAAAAUGACACUGCUGAAGUGGAAUGAAUGGCAGAAAUUCCGUAAGAAGGAAAAAGCUGAGGCAGUGGAAAAAAUUCAGGCUGUUUUUCAUACGCAUCUGUGCAAGCAAGUUUUCAAGUCGUGGCACGAAUUAGUACAGGACUCAAAAAAGAAAAAAGACUACUUUGAGCAUUUGAAUAGAGGACAGGUGGACCAUGACUUGGGUGAAAUAAAUACUGCUACAGAAGAAAGCAAAGAUGAUAUCUCCAUGUUACCAAAAAGAGCAGCUUUGAAGAUCUUCAGUUUCCUAGAUAUUGCUGACCUAGCACGAUGUGCUCAAGUGUGUCAAUCUUGGAAAAUAAUAAGCCACAGUAGUUCCCUUUGGAGCACGAUGGACUUUUCUCCAGUAAAGAACAUGAUGGUAGAUGGCACAGCAGUAAAUCUUCUACAAAAGUAUCGUCCAUAUGUAAUUCAUCUGAACUUUCGCAGAUCUUCCUUCCUUCAAUGGCCCAGCUUUAAAUGCAUCAGUGAAUGCAGAAAUUUGCAGGACCUAAAUCUUUCAGAGUGUGCAAGUAUAAAUGAUGAAAUCAUGAGACUGAUUUUGGAGGGCUGCCCCGCACUCCUGUACCUCAACUUGUCUUACACAAACGUGACUAAUGGGACUCUCAGAAUGCUGUCAAGGUGUUGCCUAAAUUUACAGUACCUCAGCCUAGCCUACUGCAGGAAGUUCACAGAUAAAGGGUUACAGUACCUGGCCACAGGGAAAGGCUGCCACAAACUCAUCUACUUGGACCUCUCUGGCUGCACUCAGAUGUCAGUGGAUGGAUUCAAAAACAUAGCAGUGGGCUGCAGUGAGCUUCAACACCUGGAAAUCAAUGACAUGCCUACCCUCACAGACAAAUGUAUUCUGGCUAUAGUUUCUGAGUGUCAGAAUCUGCAGACAGUUUCUCUUCAAGACUCCACUCACCUUUCAGAUUCUGCAUUUAAGGCCUUGGCAGAAGCAGCCAAGCUUACAAAAAUCAAGAUUAGAGGUAAUAAUCGUAUGACUGAUGCGAGCUGGAAGUCCUUUUGCAAGAGUUCCCCCUGCCUGUGCCACAUCUAUGCUGCUGACUGCCAGAAAAUCACUGACAUUAGUCUAAAAGCGAUAGGAUCCCUCAAGAAUCUGACUGUGCUAAACGUGGCCGACUGCAUUAGGUUGAGUGAUGCAGGAAUUAAAUAUCUUGUGGAAGGCCCUUCUGCUGGGAAGCUCAGAGAAGUGAACCUGACAAACUGUGUCCGUGUCAGUGACAUGUCCCUGUUGAGAAUAUCACAAAGGUGUCUUAAACUAACUUAUCUGAGUCUAUGUUACUGUGAACACCUGACCGAUUCAGGACUUGAGCUGUUGGCAGGCUUGCCAUCACUGACCUCGCUUGAUUUAACAGGAACUAACAUCCAGGACCAGGGUUUGGCAUCUCUUGGCACCAACACUGGCAUAAAAAAGCUCACCUUGUCUGAAUGCUUAUGGAUCACUGAUUUGGGAAUUCAGAAAUUGUGCCAAAAGUCUAGGGAUCUGGAACACCUUGACAUCUCUCAUUGCCUUUCACUGACAGAUAAGACAAUUAAAAGCUUAGCCUUUUACUGCCAGACACUCACCUCACUCAGCAUUGCUGGAUGUCCAAAAAUGACAGAUCUGUACAUGCAGUAUUUAACAGGAGUGUGUCAGUACCUCCAUGAGCUGGAUAUCUCUGGUUGUGUUCAUAUUACUGACAAGACAACCAAGUAUUUGCAGAACAGCUGUAAACAGCUGCAUGUUCUCAACAUGCUCUACUGCAAAAACAUCACCAGACAAGCUGCUCUGAAAGUAAAAGCCAGAGUUCAGUGCUGGGAAUACAGUAAUGAGGACCCCCCUGCUUGGUUUGGGUACGAUUCCUUGGGUAGCAUCUCAGAUUCCAUCCCUCAAGAAAAUCAAGAGCAGGAUUAAUAAUCGAAAACAGUGGAAGCUAAAAACAGAUUGGAUUGUUUGGUCACCCCUUUUUGUUACUGGAAACAAAAUGUGAACAAGAAAAAAAUAAAAAAAAUCUUCCAAGAUUGAAGUGCAAGAAUUUAGCAUGUUCCAUAAUAUAUUGUAUUUUUUACAAUUUUGUAUUAUU